GCCCCUUUCUUCUCUCUUUUCCACUUGCUAUCAGAUCAAGUGCUGAGGAGGAGGAAGGAGCAGCUGGGAGUCUGGCUGGGAAGGACCCACAUCAGCCUGGAGGAGGCAAAUGAGAACAGCAGGGAAGAACUUUCCUUAAACUUUGCAGAGGACCUAACUCUUCACAACCCAACUCACUAAUGAUUGUACAGAUAAGCUGACUGAAAACCAUUGGGAAAAAUGAAGGGACAACACAACCUACACACCAUGAUCGUUCUGUCACUAUUAGCGGUCACAGUUUUUUUAUCCAAUCUGGGGGAGAGUCAAGUGACGCCGCCUACAAAACUACGAUUCCAUGUUGUGUCACAAGACAGUGUGCAUAUUUCAUGGAAAGCAACCAAAGAUAAAAUUAGAGGAUAUAAACUCCUUGUGACACCAAAAUCAGGUGGGAAAACCAACCAACUAAACCUUAAAAACAAUGCCACCAGAGCUAUCAUUCAAAGACUUGAUCCUGAUCGGAGUUACAAAGUACAGAUCGUUGCCUUUAAUGAAGACGAUGACAGCAAGCCCGUCCUUGGAGAGUUUAGAAUUCGAGAUUUGGAAAAGAAGAGAAAAACGAAAAAAAUUGAAACAUCAGAAAGUGAGAACCAAGUCAUGGAGGAAGACUCAAAGUUUUCAUGUAAGUCCCCAGCCAAUGCAGAUAUUGUAAUCCUGGUCGAUGGAUCCUGGAGUAUUGGAAGAGUUAAUUUUAGACUUGUGAGAAGCUUCAUAGAGAAUUUGGUUGGAGCUUUUAAUGUUGCUACAGAUAAAACAAGAAUAGGUUUGGCACAGUACAGUGGUGACCCCAGAAUAGAAUGGGAUCUAAAUACAUAUGACACCAAGGAUUCCGUACUUGAUGCUGUCCGAAACCUGCCUUACAAGGGUGGAAACACGCUUACAGGUCUUGCCUUGACAUUCAUUCUGGAAAACAGUUUUAAGACAGAAGCAGGAGCCAGAUCGGAUCUUCCAAAGAUUGGGAUCUUGAUUACAGAUGGAAAAUCACAAGAUGAUGUUAUCCCACCUGCCAAAAGUCUGAAGGAUGCUGGGAUUGAACUUUUUGCUAUUGGUGUGAAAAACGCUGACCUUAAUGAAUUGAAGGAGAUUGCCUCAGAACCACACACCGACCAUGUUUACAAUGUAGCUGACUUCAACAUCAUGGACUCCAUUGUUGGAUCACUUACAAAAACCGUGUGCGAGAGAGUGGAAGAUAUCGACAUUAAUAUUAAAGGGGAGGUAGCUGAAGUGAUUGGAUCUCCCUCUGACUUGGUCACAUCGGAAGUAACGGCCAGAAGUUUCCGGGUUAGCUGGUCUCAUGCACCAGGAAAUGUGGAAAAAUACAGAGCGGUCUAUUACCCCACCAAAGGAGGACAACCAGAAGAGGUGAUAGUGGAUGGCAGUGUGUCUACUACAGUGCUGAAGAACCUAAUGUCUCUAACAGAAUACCAGAUAGCCGUGUUUGCUGUUUACGCCAGGUCUUCAGCUGAUGGAUUGAGAGGCUCCGAAACCACCUUGGCAUUACCAAUGGCCACCGAUCUUGAUUUGUAUGAUGUCACCCACCGAAGCAUGAGAGCAAAAUGGGGCGGAGUUGCAGGAGCUUCUGGUUAUAUGAUCCUGUAUGCACCUCUUACUGAGGGAUUAACAGAUGAGAAAGAGAUGAAGGUUCCUGCAUCCAUUACUGAUGUUGAGCUGGAUGAACUGACUCCCAGUACAGAAUACACAGUGACAGUCUACGCAAUGUUUGGAGAAGAGGCCAGUGAUCCGCUCACAGCACAGGAAACAACAUUGCCGUUAACACCUCCCAGAGACCUCCGAUUUUCAAACAGACACAGCUCAGCCACCGUCUCCUGGGACCACUCGCACAAUGUAAAUGGUUACCGGAUUAUGUACGUGAAAACGGGCGAUUCAGACAUCAACAAUGUGGAAGUUGGUCGAGUUUCAUCCUACAAUUUAAAGAAACUGGCAUCGCUCACAGAGUACACGGUGGCCAUCUUCUCUGUUUUUGAUGAAGGACAAUCUGAGCCCCUCACAGGCACUUUUACUACAAAGCCGGUGCCAUCUCCUCGUGAUCUGAAAGUCAGGGAUAUUACCUCUCAAAGUUUUGUGGCUUAUUGGACAAAUUUUGCACCAGAUAUAACUAUGUACAGACUACAGUGGACACCCCGGAGAGGCGGCACCACCAAGAGACUUAUACUACUUUAUAUUUGUUUUGUCUAGGCUAUAAUUAAAGGGAACGUCAACUCCCAUCUUAUUGACCGCUUGACGCAUAGCACAGAGUAUGAAGUCUCUCUAUCAGCCAUAUAGGAUGAAUCGGAAAGUGAUACCCUGUCAGCCUUGGCUACAUCAUUGAUGCGGACCACUCAGGCUCCAACUACAGCCAAGACCGACAACACUGUCCGAUUUGGGAUCAGAAACCUCAAAAUAGAUGAUGAAACAACAUCUAGUCUUCACGUAUCUUGGCUUAUGAAUGAUGCUAACAUUCGUCAGUACAUCGUGUCCUACAUCACUGCUUAUGGAGAUCGUGAAGAACAGAGAGUCAUAGCUGGUCGAGAAAACGACAUUGUCCUGCCAUCCUUACUGUCUGACACCGAGUACAAAGUCACUGUGACUCCUGUGUACUUCAGUGGAGAAGGGAACCCUGUGUCUGCCUCUGGAAGAACACUGCCACUCUCUGCUCCAAGGAACCUGAGAGUUUCUGAUGAAUGGUAUAACAAACUGAGGAUAACAUGGGACUCUCCUCCUUCACCAACCAUGGGCUACAGGAUAGUGUACAGGCCUACAAGUGGAACGGGUCCGGCUCUGGAGACGUUUGUGGGCGAUGAUGUGAACACCAUAUUGAUUCUUAAUCUUCUCAGUGGGACAGAAUACAAUCUUAAGGUUCUAGCAUCAUAUUCCACCGGAUUCAGUGAUGCAUUGACUGGAGUGGGCAAAACAUUAUAUCUCGGAGUGACAAAUCUGAGUGCUUAUCAAGUUAAGAUGACCAGUAUCUGUUCCCAAUGGCAGCUUCACAGACAUGCAACCUCAUACAGGAUCAUCAUCGAGUCACUGCAGGAUGGCUCCAAGCAAGAAGCUGUCCUGGCUAGUGGAACAGCUCGUCACUGUUUCUAUGAACUUAUGCCCAACUCCAGAUACAGGAUCACUCUCUAUGCACAGAUACAGGAGGCUGAAGGACCCGGUGUCAGCAUUGUGGAAACAACACUGCCAGUUGCAACAGCAGCACCGACCAGACCUCCAACUCCUGCACCAACUAUUCCUGCAGCCCGAGAAGUGUGUAAGUCUGCCAGAGCAGACCUCGUAUUCCUGGUGGAUGGAUCCUGGAGUAUCGGAGAUGACAACUUUCACAAAGUCACCCGCUUCCUGUACAACACAGCUGGAGCCAUGGCUGACAUCGGCCCUGAGGGGACACAGGUUGGUGUCGCUCAGUACAGUGAUGAUGCAAGGACAGAAUUUAAGCUGAACUCGCAUAAAACUAAAGCGUCUCUUCUGGCUGCCAUAAAUGCCAUAUCUUACAAAGGCGGGAACACAAAAACAGGAAGAGCAAUUAAGCACGUCCGUGAAGAUUUGUUUACUGUGGAAUCUGGCAUGAGAAAGGGUGUGCCCAGGGUUUUGGUGGUGAUUACCGAUGGGCGCUCUCAAGAUGAAACUAUAACGUUUGCCAGCCAGAUGCACUUGGAAGGCUUCAGCAUUUUUGCGAUUGGCGUGGCGGAUGCAGACUACAACGAGUUAGUGAACAUUGGCAGCAAGCCCAGCGAGAGACACGUCUUCUUCGUCGAUGACUUUGACAUGUUCAAGAAAAUAGAAGAUGAGCUGGUCACUUUUAUUUGCGAGACGGCGUCAGCAACUUGUCCAUGGGCCCACAUCCAAGGCAGCAGUGUAUCAGGUUUUAAAAUGAUGGAAAUGUUUGGGUUGGUGCAAAAGGAAUAUGCCACCUUGGAUGGAGUCUCCAUGGAGCCUGGAACUUUUAAUAACUUUCCAUGCUACAGAAUACACAAAGACGCUCUGGUGUCCCAGCCCACCAAACAUAUCCAUCCAGAGGGCCUCCCUUCAGAUUAUACCAUAUCCUUCCUUUUCCGAAUACUUCCCGAUACACCGAAGGAACCAUUUGCACUGUGGGAAAUCUUAAACAAAGACUACGAGCCGUUGGUUGGCGUAAUACUUGACAAUAACGGUAAAACACUAACUUAUUUCAAUUAUGACAAUAAGGCACAGUUUCAGACUAUUACCUUUGAAGGACCCGAGGUCAAAAAAAUAUUCCAUGGCAGCUUUCAUAAGAUACAUAUUAUAGUUACCAAGACUAAUGCUAAGCUAAUCGUCGACUGCAAACAUGUUGGGGAAAAGCCAAUAAACACUGCCGGAAAUAUCACAGUAGAUGGUCUAGAAGUCCUAGGCCGGAUGGUGAGAUCCCGAGGACCCAAAGACAAUUCUGCUCCAUUCCAGCUGCAGAUGUUUGACAUUGUGUGUACAUCAACCUGGGCCAACCGUGACAAGUGCUGCGAACUUCCGGCAUUGAGAGAUGAAGCCACCUGUCCUCCUCUUCCAAAUACCUGCAACUGCGAGCAGGAGAACAAAGGAUUACCGGGGCCCCCAGGACCUCCGGGUGGUGGUGGUAUGAGGGGACAAAAAGGACCAAAUGGAGAAAAAGGGCAACCGGGCUCAGACGGCCCGCCAGGCCCAUCAGGCCCACCAGGAGUUCAGGGACAACCCGGACCACAGGGACCAAGUGGACAUUCCAUUCAGGGACCACCUGGUUCUCCUGGUUCAAAGGGAGAUAAAGGAGAAGCUGGAAUGCAAGGAAAUCAGGGAGUUCCUGGCACAACAGGGUCUCCUGGAAUGGAAGGACCUGCGGGACAAAGGGGAGUGCCAGGAAAAGAUGGCUCGACUGGACCAUCCGGACCCCCUGGGCCAAUGGGUGCACCAGGUAAUCCGGGAUCUCCAGGCUCUCCAGGAGGCACAGGACGUCAGGGUGAUAGCGGACCACAGGGUUCUCCUGGUGUAAAAGGAGAAAGAGGAGAAAGAGGAGACACCCAGUCACAGAACAUGGUGCGUGCAAUCGCUCGCCAAGUGUGUGAACAAAUCAUACAGAGUCAUAUGGCCAGGUUUAAUUCACUCCUGAACCAAGUACCAAGUCAGUCUGUAUCAGUCAGAAGUAUCCCUGGUCCCCCAGGACAGCCAGGUACGCAAGGCCCACAAGGUCCCCCUGGAGAACAAGGAUCUUCUGGAAGACCAGGAUUCCCUGGCAGCCCUGGCUCACCAGGAACACCUGGAGAUAGAGGUUUAACUGGUGAAAAGGGAGAGAGAGGAAACUCUGGAAUAGGAACACAAGGACCCAGGGGUCCCCCAGGGCCUCCAGGAUCCCCAGGUGAAGGUCGUACUGGAAGCCAAGGUCCAGUUGGGGUUCCAGGCCAGCGUGGUAUCCCAGGUCCUCCAGGAAAUACUGGCUCUAUGGGGCCUCCUGGUCCUCAAGGUUAUUGUGACGCGUCCUCGUGUGCUGGAUAUGGUGGCUAUGGGGGACAACCAGAUCAAGGUUCUCCUGAAUCCUAUGGCCCGGCAAGCCCUUAUGACGAUGAUGAUGAUGACGAAGAACCAGAUCCCUAUGGACAAUACCAUAACGCCUACCCUGAGUCCUAUGGACAUGGUGGUUACGUCCAACCAGAGUUCACCCCAGUAGAGGAGGAGGACUCUACGGAGGUGAGGUCACCUGGAAUCAGUCGUAUGUCCCGUAGCAUUGGAAAAAGAUCAUCCAAGUCUCUGGAACAAGCUUAAGAGGGAUGAAUGGACUCUUUAAAGUAGCUAAACGUCCUUCCUUUGUGUGACUGCCACCACGCAUUGUAUACAGUACAUUGUACAUAAGUAACUUUUUUUGUGUUUUUGGAAAUUGUUUACAUAAAUUAGAGUCUCAAAGUAAAUAUAUAUCUUCAAAAACAUGUACUGUGUGGACAGAAUAAAUGCUGAUUCAGUUUGGGUUUUGCAUGAGCCCUGUAGAACUUUA